AGAGCAAAAUGACGUUUACUGCACUGAUGCGAAAUCCUCAGUCGAGUUCGAGCGAGUGAGGAAGGUGUACGCUUUACCGCUUUCUCGUCCUGUGUCAAAACCACGUUUGAUUACAAUAUUCCGAGAAACAGUUGUCGAACGGAUGCCCGUGCAACAGACCGUAUCGUGACAGUCAGACGUUCGAAGAAUACGGUUUGCAACCAAAGAACCGUCGAACUGUAACCAGUGUAUCUCAAAUUACAAUGGAUCAAAAGUAACGGUUUCAAGUAUUUAUAUAACCAGAAAGUACCAAAGCGAUAUUAAGAAAUAAAUAGAAAAUGAGGACAGAAGCUGUUGUAUCCUUGCUCUUACUCUCCGUAAUAUGGGGUGUAAGAGGUGUCAUAAAAAACGAUGCAACGUUAAUUGAUGAAAUGAGAAACAUGCUGCAUGAACAUGAUAAUAUAUUUGAAGAGACUCUGUAUCAACGAAUGAGCCUUGAUGGACUCGAGGUGGAGAAAUAUCUCAUAAGAACGUUCAAGAGCUUCGGCGACGAGUUAGAACGAAACUUUCCAGACCCUGGUUACAAAUACUUAGAUUCACUGCAUUCUCUUUGGUUGUGGACUCGGGCCGAAAGACAGAUGAAUGCAAUCGACGAGCUGUACAACAUUUUCAGAUCAAUGCAACACGCAAUUAUCGAUCAAAAUAUGGAUCUUGAUUUAGAGAAACUGGCAAACAUCUCCGAAGCUAUUUUGCACGAUCCGAACGUGUCUAUAAUAGACAGGCUCGCUCGAAUAUCUGAAUUUAUAGUGCAUGAUAAAUUGUUCAUUUUGGCUUAUCAGGAAGAGUCUACACAAAUUUGCAGCGAACAUCAGUCUCUUCAACAAUUGCUCUACAACCUCUACACUACAGUUACUCUCGCAGAAAUCAAGGGCUACAGCAUGAUUCAAUUCUCCUAUAUGUUACUAAGGUUAUACAAUCAAGGUUCUAACUUCACCGAAGAAAUGGAACUAGUGAAGCAGCAAUAUUCAAUAAGAACAUCUGAAACAGUAAGAGCUGUGAAAACUGCCAUGGCAUUUGCACCUAGGGAUCUUUGGAUGUGUGACUCAGAAAAUCCAAAAUUAAAUGAAACAUAUACAGAAUUGACAGACCUAUUUCAAGGCAUUAUUGUAAACGAAGUAGACUUGAAUCCGCAAUCAAGUUGCAGAGAAAAUUGUGCCUAUUACGGUUAUUCGAAAGUUUUUGGAUGUUAUAAAAAUCAGUUUUGUUCUCGGCAACGGCAUUGUUCCGGUAAAAUAUUAAACUGCGAAUACGUCGACGCGGACAUGUGGGUCUGUCCUUCGGCUAAAAAUAGUAACCGAAGGUACGAAUACAUAGAAUACGAAAAUGGUAAAGUAUUUGGACAGAAGGGUUCCUGCAACAGGGAUGUAACAAAAGUCGAUAGUUGGUGGCGUUGGUUGUUCUGGCAUUGCAGUUAUUGCUUCUGCUACUGUGAUGAUAGUACCGCAAAAUCCGAUCGGUAUUUCAGUUUGCGAAGCGUCACGUCUGACAUAGGGAACAACAAGGUUAUAACAGGAAUUGCAUUGAAGAAAGCGAACAAUAUAAUGCAUCUCCAAAUACAAGAGGGUGAAUUGUUGCCCCGUGGUAAUAUCAAUAGAACAACCGUGGCAUGGAAGCCUAUCGAAGCCUUUUCCAGAUUAGAUAGUAAUGUUAAGAGCGGCGUCGAUUACCAUACUCUGGCAUGGGAAAAAAGAGGUGUAGACCUAGAUGAUUUAGUACCCGAUCAAGAGCACCUUUUAACAGGCGUCAGGUUUCGAACUAUUGGAUCACGCUUGAAUUUGGAAAUAAUGGUAACACCGUUCAACUUCACGACGGGACAAUUAACGCAACCGUUUAUAAACAGUUUUUGGCUAAGUAACGACGUCACCGACAGAACUGAAUUGGAAUUAAAAAAUCCCGAUAUACCGACGCGAUUUAAACUGCCAUCGUUACCAGAUUCAAAACGUCAUCAAUAUGUGAAUUUCGCCGCUAGCGAUCGAAUAAUGGAUGCUGCACAAAGUACAAUACCGUUUAUUGAUAUUCAACCGAUUGAAUCUAAUCCACCGAUUCCAGUGUCAGGAGCUGGAAUUUUUCAUAAAGGCAGAUCAGGAUCUGGAGGUUACGUGGCGAUGAAACUAAUCACAUAUGAUUUUACUCCGCAUUUGCAGGUCGAUUUACCACCCCCCCCACCAGUUAUUAAAUCACCACCCGUAUUAAGAGAAAUGAAAAGCGAAUGAAUUCACUAAUGCGUAUGUCAUGUUAAUGACUUAGUUUGUUGAUAUUUUUGUAUGGUCUUUCUACUUCCGCGUGCUAUUCGUUGAUUUGUGACAGACAGCGUAGUUUGUAAUUCGUUUCAGUACACGUUCAUGAAAUUUGCAACAUUUAUAACUAUGUAUCUGUUUACUGUUCCUUAUCAACUCUUUCUACCAUCAUUGUGCCAUUUUA